AUGGUGUUGCACGUGAUUCUGUUGGCCUGUGGUCUUCUGUUCGCCAUGUUCUUCCCAUCCAUCGGAACAAUUAUCAGGUAUAUCGGUGCAGUGUCCGGCUUUGUCUACAUCUUCACAUUACCACCUCUAAUCACGUUGCUUAACAAACGCUGUCUCGGUCGGGUCCCAGCUCCGUCGGUGACUGAAGUUUCGAUAGAGAGCGGUUCGGGAGAAACGCCCGGAUCCCGACCAUUGUUGACUAUUCCACCCGACAAGAAACAGAAGACAGUAUGGCGCGAUAGGAAAACUCGACAACUAUGGUGGAUCCGAGCAGUGGGUUAUUCCGUGAUAAUUUUCCUCGGAUUGGCCAACUUUGUCGGACAAUUCUUGGUGCAAUUUCUCUGA